AUGUCUCUCUUGGCUCUUUCCUUCCUGUUGGCUCUCUUGGCUACAGGUGAUGCUAUCUUCUGCUUCAACUGCACCAGCACUGAAGGUUACAACUGUAGUACAACCCCGCAAAAAUGCACCGACACCGUCAACAGCUGCAUCACCAUUGCCCGGGAUGAAGACACAGGGUCCCAGGACAUAGAGAACCCAACUUAUGAAAAGAAAUGCAACUCGGAUGAUCGCCUCUGCAACAAGUUCUACGGGCUGGUGGCGGGGGAUUUUCGCAUGCGCUGGAACUCCAGCUGCUGCCGGGCCGACCGCUGUAAUGUCAACAACGUAAUUGUACAAAAAGCGUCACAGCAGCCUAACGGCGUUCGUUGCAAUUCUUGCUUUGCCUUUGGCUCUGAUGUUUGUCUGAACAACACGGAGUUGGCCUGCACUGGGACUCUGACACAGUGCAUCCACUUUGCCACCACUGCCAAUAACGAGGAAUCCAAGCACCAACAGGUCGCCUUCACAGGAUGCGCCACCAAGACCAUGUGCGAAAUGGGAGCCGAUGUGCUGUUUGUUGCUGGCCGCAAUGUCAAAGUCAAGGUCAACCUGUGCAGCAGUGCGCCAGGAGUCCCCUCCCAAUAUAGUCUGGCCCUGUCUGUUCUGGCAGGAUUACUCUUUCUUGCCCGUUGGUCUUGAUUCUUUUAUAUCUUCCCUCCCGCAACUUUCUUCUGUUGGUCCUCUCCUGCUUUUUCUUCCUCUCAUGUAAGUUUUCCUUCAGUUCUCCACCCCAGACAUCCAUUCCAGCCAGGAACAGGAGAGGAAUUCAAUCCGUUUUGCAUUUAGAGGCGAACCUACUUGAUUUUCAAAUUCCAAAACAGUAAGCAAACCAAAACGCAGCCAUUCUGCAAGCUUUUGCACUUCUCUGAAUUUUGCACUGAAGUUCUCCAGCCCAGUAAUGUGUACCGAAAUGCAUGUGCUCAGGUAAAAUGUGCAUAAAAUGCACCUAUUCGUAAAAAACAGCAGUCAAAAUGCAUCACGUAAGGGAAAAUUGCUUUGCAAAAAUGUGUACGUUAUGCAGAAUUGCCACCAAAUGGGGGUCUAUUUGGAUGAAAUUUGCAAUAAAAUGU